AUGAAGUUGAACAAACACCUGGCGGGGAGAGCGGGGAGAGAGCGGGGGGAGAGAGCGGGGGGAGAGAGCGGGGGGAGAGAGCGGAGGAAAGAGAGCGGGGAGAGCGGGGAGAGCGGGGGUAGAGAGCGGGGAGAGAGCGGGGAGAGCGGGGGGAGAGAGCGGGGGAGAGCGGGGAGAGCGGGGGGAGAGAGCGGGGAGAGAGCGGGGGGAGAGCGGGGGGAGAGAGCGGGGGAGAGCGGGGAGAGCGGGGGGAGAGAGCGGGGAGAGCGGGGGGAGAGAGCGGGGGAGAGCGGGGAGAGCGGGGAGAGAGCGGGGAGAGAGCGGGGAGAGCGGGAAAUGUUGAACAUACUCUACAAGGCAAGUGUUUAUCUUCAGAAGCUUACCGCGAGAUUGAUUCUGAUCUUAGUGUAUGACGAUUCUUCAACCACACCGGGUACUAUAGACGCUUACCGUGAGAUUGAUUCUGAUCUUAGUGUAGACGAUUCUCCAACCACAUCGAGUACUAUAGACCGGAGUACUAGUAGACGAUUCUUCAACCACAUUACCAAGCUUACCGUGAGAUUGAUUCUGAUCUUUGUGUAUGACGAUUCUUCAACCAUAUCGGGUACUAUAGACGCUUACCGUGAGAUUGAUUCUGAUCUUAGUGUAGACGAUUCUCCAACCACAUCGGGUACUAUAGAUGCUUACCGUGAGAUUGAUUCUGAUCUUAGUACGCUUACCGUGAGAUUGAUUCUGAUCUUUGUGUAUGACGAUUCUUCAACCACAUCGGGUACUACAGACGCUUACCGUGAGAUUGAUUCUGAUCUUAGUGUAGACGAUUCUUCAACCACAUCGGGUACUAUAGACGCUUACCGUGAGAUUGAUUCUGAUCUUAGUGUAGACGAUUCUUCAACCACAUCGGGUACUAUAGACGCUUACCGUGAGAUAGAUUCUGAUCUUAGUGUAGACGAUUCUUCAACCACAUCGGGUACUAUAGACGCUUACCGUGAGAUUGAUUCUGAUCUUAGUGUAGACGAUUCUUCAACCACAUCGAGUACUAUAGACGCUUACCGUGAGAUUGAUUCUGAUCUUAGUGUAGACGAUUCUCCAACCACAUAUGGUACUAUAGAAACCUACCGUGAGAUUGAUUCUGAUCUUGGUGUAGACGAUUCUUCAACCAGAUUGGGUACUAUAGAAACCUACCGUGAGAUUGAUUCUGAUCUUGGUGACGAUUCUUCAACCACAUCGGAGAUUGAUUCUUCAACCACAUCGGGUACUAUAGACGCUUACCGUGAGAUUGAUUCUGAUCUUAGUGUAGACGAUUCUUCAACCACAUCUAUAGAAACCUACCGUGAGAUUGAUUCUGAUCUUGGUGUAGACGAUUCUUCAACCACAUCGGUGUAUGACGAUUCUUCAACCACAUCGGGUACUAUAGACGCUUACCGUGAGAUUGAUUCUGAUCUUAGUGUAGACGAUUCUUCAACCACAUCUGGUACUAUAGAAACCUACCGUGAGAUUGAUUCUGAUCUUGGUGUAGACGAUUCUUCAACCACAUAUGGUACUAUAGAAACCUACCGUGAGAUUGAUUCUGAUCUUGGUGUAAGACGAUUCUUCAACCACAUCGGGUACUAUAGACGCUUACCUGUAGACGAUUCUCCAACCACAUCGGGUACUAUAGAUGCUUACCGUGAGAUUGAUUCUGAUCUUAGUGUAUGA